AUGAGUGUGGGGAGAACGCGCCGCCGCUGCCCACGCUCCGCGUCCGUGUCCGCAUCCAGGACAACGUGUUCCUCAUCCCGUGCCGCAGAGGCAGCAGUCCUGGUGCGGUGGCUGCCAUCCCUGUGUCGCAUGUCCCUGUAUCCCAUAUCCCUGUAUCCCGUAUCCGUGUCCCGCAGGCAGCAGCUCCGCCAGCAGCUCCCGGUGCGGUGGCUGGCGAGCGCGCGGCUGAGCGGUUCCAGCAGACGUGCGGGUCCCGGCCCGGCUCAGCCUGUCGCAGGACGGGGCCCGGUUGGCGCCGCAGGACCUGGUGCGGGACGUGCUGCGCAGCAACGAGGAGGUGCUGGCCGAGGUGCAGUGCUGGGACCUGCCGCCCUCGCCGAGAGGUACCGCCGCGUGUGCCAGAGCAUGGACGAGGAGCCGCACGAGCUGGUGCUGAAGGCGACGGAGCGGCAGGAGCAGAGCGCGGGGCCGGGGCUGGCGCUGGGGGGGCCCUGGCGCCGCCCCCCGGGCGCUGCCGGCGCUGCUGCGGGCGCUGCGGCUGCAGCCGGGGCUGCGGGUGCUGGCGCUGCGCGGCUGCGGGCUGGGCGCCGCCGCGCUGCCGGAGCUGGUGGCCGCGGCGGCCGCGCUGCCGCGCUGGCGCUGCUCGACCUGGCCGGCAACCGCCUGGGCCCCGCGGCGCUGCGGCAGCUCUGCCCGCGCCAGCCCGGCACCCGCGCCGCCUUCCAGAGCCUGGAGGAGCUGGACCUGAGCCUGAACCCGCUGGGGGACGGGAGCAGCGCGGCGCUGGCGGAGCUGCUGCGGUGCUGCCCCGCGCUGAGCACCCUGCGCCUGCGCGCCUGCGGCCUCGGCCCGGCCUUCGUCCUGCACGGACCCGCGCGGCUGCAGGCACUGACCGUGUCCCACAACGCGCUGGGGCCGGUGGCGCUGGAGCGGCUCCUGGACGCCGUGUCCCGGCACCGGCUCACGCGCCUCGAGCUCGGCUCCGUCACCGGCCCCGGCGCCCGGCGCAUCGGCACCGCCGUGGCGGGUACCUGCGGCAGGAGGGUUCCUCUGCUCUGACCCACCUCACGUUGUCCGGGAACCGCCUGAGCGAUGAGGACAUGGUGGAGCUGGCCAGGUGCCUCCCCUCGUGCCCGGCCCUGGAUUCCCUGGAUCUCGCAGCCAAUCCCGGGAUCAGCACCGCGGGGAUGCGGCUGCUGCUGCAGGGCCUGGAGCAGCGGAGCCGGGGGCUGAGCCUGCUCAGCCUGGCCGGCUGCUCCGUGGAGGCCCCCUUGGACCCCCCCACCUGGAGCAGGGUCACCGGCCACAUCCAGGACCUGCGGCUCUGCGGCCGGAGCGCAUCCCGGCCCCAUCCCGGCGGCGCAUCCCGGCCCCCUCCCGCCGGGACCCUCGCCCGGCACCGGAAACUCUUCUGGAAGAGCCCCUGAUGUGGGUUUUAUCCCAUUAGAUCCCCCCGUUUCAUCCA